AUUUUAUUUAAUGGUGAACAUUAUCAAGUCGGUUAUAUCGAAGGCUUGCCAUGCAAUCAAGGCUUGAGAUAUUUUCGGCAAGCGAAUUACUCUUAAUUACAAAGGAAAUGAAAAGCAUCAAACUUUUAUUGGUGGCUAUGCUAGUAUACUCUUCAUUCUCACUAUUCUUGGAUAUACUACUUAUCUCUUAAGAGACAUGUUCAGAAAGGACCCAAUUGUAUACAGCACCAGUAGAAUAAUUAAAGAUUUAACAACUGAUACUUCUGAACAUAAACCAGCAGAACAUGGCUUUGCAGUUGCUCUUGGGUUCAGAUACCGUAACGUGAGUCUUCUUGAUGAAGAACUUUUGAAAAAGUACAAAGUAACCGCUUACCAAUACCACUCAAUUAGUGAUCCAGUAAAUGGAGGUUGGAUAAACAAGUGGACUGAGCUAGAUUUAGUAAAAUGUGGAGAAAAUUUUCCUUAUAAAAAUAAGACUCUAUUGGCUCAUUACAAUAUUGAUAAUUACGUAUGAAUUAAACCAACUAAUUACUCUUUACUAGGGAACUGGUAUACAGAUAUUGGAAAAGGACUGAGAAUUUUUAUUGAUAAAUGAACUUCGUAUUAUAGAGACGACUGAGAUAGUGAUGAAGACAUAUACUCAGAUGUCUUUCAAGAUUGGUUCGAUAUAAUAAUGGUAGACAAUUACUUUGAUCCCAAGGACUUCACAAAUCCCAUCAAGAGUUAUUUGACUCAGAAACACUACCACUCUUACCAAAAAGGAUUUUCUGUUCACACUGACAUAUUUUUGAAGGAGAACAAAGUUUCUAUGCAAGAAGGAUUCACUAACCUUGAGGGAGAAAACCAUGAGAAGUUUUACUCGGUGGCAAGUGAAAAGUUUGAUAAAUAUGCAUCAAGCUCUUCUACAUUCGGCAGAAUCUACAUUCAUCUUGAUCCUGAAGUUAUUACUCAUGAGAGAUCAUAUCGGUCAGUUUAUGAUGUACUAGGCAAUAUUGGAGGUAUUACUAGCCUCCUGAAUGCAUUAACAUGUGCUGUUGUCGGGUUUUAUUCUGACAUAAUUUUCAAGCACAAGACAAUUUCAAAUAUUUACACUUUUGAUGUUGAUGAGAUUGAUAAAGACUCUAGAAGAGAGAAUAUCAAUGAAGAUGAAGAAAACUCAAAGAGAGAAUUAAGAUCUUAUGACAAAAAUAUCUUCUCUGAUAAUCUUCAGGUAGUUAGAGAACUAGAUGAAGAAGAUAAAAAGGAUUUUGACCAAGAAGAUGAGAAGGAUAGAAAAGUGAAGAAGAUGAGAAGGAUAGGAGUGAAGAAGACGAGAAGCAACAAAUUGAAAACCCUAUUGGUAUUUAGCCCUGAUGAUGAAAAUUUACUCAAGAAAACUCUUGAGAGCAAAAGAAGAUAUGCUUACUCUAAUUUUGAUGUUAUUUUUGGCUUUCUUUUCUGAUGUAGAAAAUUAUAUAAGAAGAAACAAAUCAACUAUGAUCUUUAUCAAAAGGGGCUGAAAAGAUAUUACCACGAUCUUGAUGCGGUUAAUAUUAUUUCUAAUUUGCAUCAACUUAACAUCAUGAUGAAGGUAGUAUUCAAUGAAAGACAGCAGAUUUUGUCAAGCUUUAGCAAUUUGAGAUCUCUGGAAGAUGAUACCUCGAAGAAGCUUAGAUCAAGAGGAGUGGUUUCAAAGUAUAAGCAUAGACAUUUUAAAGCAAAAUACUCCCAGCAAAAAGAAUCUAUUAAAGGAUUAAUAGAAAAUAUGAGAAAAUCAACCCUUUCAAACUAUGACAAACUUCUGAUUGCUCAGAUAGAUCCAAAAUUAAGUGAAACUAUGAAUUUGCUUUCUAUAAAAGAAAAAGAUCAAGAAAAAUCUUUUUCUCUUACAAAUUCCCCAAUGGAGCACAUCAGAGAUAAUUCUUAUCCAUCAAGCAGGAAAUAUUACAAAAAUCCUGAGAAAGCUUAUUUAUCUGAUAUAGAACUACAUUUUUAACAAAAAUGGAACUUCUAAGAAAUCCAAAAUCAAUUCUAAAGAAGAAGACCUAGACUCCUUGGACAUUCCACAAGAAAGUAUCCAAGUUCCUACAGGAAACACACUCCUCUCAAAGACCACUAUAAUCCAACCAGCCACAAACAUUCUUCACCUAAACAAAUCCCCCCACGAUCCUUCCUACGAUCCCUAA